GUUUGGUUAGGCCUCGAGUAUCUGGCGUCACGACUCAGCACAGCACGAAGCACCUCGGCGGACGACACGUCUGACGACGACGACACCAUCCCUUACUUCACCUCUCCCCGAGCCCAACACCGUUGGCACUUUCCACAACCCACUCCAUCAUGGUCUCAUCAAUAUUGACAGCCACGGCCGUCGCGGCUUCAUUAUGGUCGCUGGCGUCCGCCGGCUCGGCGGCCUCGGCCUCGUCCACCAUCGUGGCCAUCGCAACACCAACCUACACCGGAGUCCGCAACGCAAUGACAUACGAGGGGUGCUUCAGCACAGGAGAUCCUCUAGAAGACCAUGGCCCAGCGACUUUCCAGACGGCAGGCAACUGUCAACCCAUCUGUCUGGGUCUCGGCAAGGCGGUUAUGGGUCUGGUUGAUGGCAGCAACUGCUUCUGCGGUGACCUCCUCCCUCCUGCCGAUACAAAAGUGGACAACGACCUUUGCAACACGCCUUGCAACGGCUAUGACAAGGACAACUGCGGCGGAAACGGUUAUUGGAUGGUUUCGCUCACAGGUAUCAACCACAACAAAAUUGCAAACUUCGAUCCAUCUUCAUCGUCAUCGUCAUCAUCGAGCACGGCUGCACCAGCAAGCAAGACCUCACCACCAGCACAAUCCGUAACACUCGGCGCGUCGACCGUGGUCAUCACAGCGUCUGACGCAGCCGCAACUACCCCAGUGACGAAAAAGAGCUCAAGUGGACCCAACAAAGCCGCCAUCGCCGCAGGCGUCGUUGUCGGUGUUGUAGCCCUAGCAGCCAUCAUUGCUGGUAUCGUGCUCGGCCUCAAAUUCAAGCGUCGUCGCGAAGUCGAAGAGGAAUACAGACGCCAAGCAGCGGUCAACAACUUCGUCGGAUCUAGCAAACUUCAUACUAGCAACUCAUCAAUGAACGACUCAAGACUCGACCCCGAGGUCAUGAUGAGGAGGCAGAGCGAUGGUAGUAUCGCUGACAACCAAGACUAUUCGCGGCGGAUAUUGAAAGUCACAAAUCCAGAUGGACACUAGCGCGGCAACUUGACGAUAACGAUUUUCUCCUGUCCUGCCAUUAUCAAUUGCUCAAGCGCCUUUGUUCCUCCGGAUUCUAGCGACGAUUCCAACUCAUCCCCGCGAACGAUCGAUGACACUAUCCUCGUGUCCCUCUCCUCCACCUCCCUUGUAUUAUGUCCUGGCAUUG